GGCGUUUUGUGUGUUCUUGAAUUGGUCAUGACUCGAACCUCUUCAGGAAAGCAACGAAAGACUAGAAAAGCUAUAUAUAGAAAAGAAGUUUUUAUCCUUCUUUUGGCCUUUUUCUUCCUUUUGUUUUCCCCAAUUUAACAAUAGACCUGAAAGGUAAAAGUUUGUUCAGGUCUCAACAACUACGAAAGAGUUUUUACAAUACUAAGCUUUAUUCUCUCAACCACUUGAUAAUACAACUUCCAUAUUUGACUACUACAAACAAACCAUUAAAGAGUUCUUCUUCCAUGGAGGAGCAUUUUUAGCAUGGCCUCUCUCAGUUCAGAGUUUUCCUUUUUGCACCCCCUUUGUCCUUAUGAAACAUCAUCACCAAAAAUGGUGGACAACAAGAGCCCCUGAGCGAAAUUGCUCCUUUUCGCUUUCUCUUCCUUAUCCUUGAUCGACAAUGGUGGUGACUUUGCUUUUCUGCGUACCAAAAACACAAAAGGAUAUUAGGGAUCGAAUUAUGAUCCAGGUGAAGAUUCUCCAGACAAUGUCGGUGUACUGAACAAUAUCUCCUCGAGGAUUACCGAAUAUGGCAAUCUGUAUGUGCAUUCACAGAAGCAAUGCAGAACCUUUUCACAACUAGUUCUUUGUCUAAUGCAAUGAAACUCUGGUACGGUUUGGACCAAGUUACAGAUGACCUUAUCGAAAACAAAGGGCUGGUUCAAUCUUGAUUCAGUCAGCAUUUAUUUUAAGAAAAACCAUGGAAUCAAAACAAUUAAACUGUCAAUUCAGUCAAGUGUGGACCAAAUGGAAGCCCACCCCCUAAGAAUGACCUUCCUAAGAUCCCUUUAUGAUCUUACUAGCAUGGGGACUUCAUUCAUCUCUAGGAGAGGAGUCAAUAAAAGGAUGGAAAGAAUAUUGACGUUAUGGACUUGGAAUAUCAGGUAUAAAUCAAGCAGUGAUCAGACAACAAACCUUUCUACAAUACUCUCUUCCGUGCCUUUCUUAGAGAAACUCGUUUCAGUUGAAAAGGACGUCUGUGGAGACGUGAAAUCAUCUCCCAUGGGUAGAAUGAAAGACGACAACAAUGGAUCAGGAGCAGCAUUUGACGACGAAACUAUACAAGAAGAACCGAAAAGGGACUGUAGAUUUCCCUCUCGCAGCUCUUUCCUCAACAAAGAAAGGCUCGAAUGAGGUCCACCUCUGCGUGAUUUCCUUUUGCGCUGCAUGUAAGCUCUUUCGUCAAGGAUUUCAAGAGGAUUGGAAGGUUAGGUCAAUCAUGCGUACUUGAAGUUUUUACUAUUCUUGGCAAUCAAACAAUAUACCGUCAAAUCAAUUAAUGUGAAUUAUAUUAGCUACAACAGGCGCAGAUUUAUUAGAGUCCAAAACUUGGGUAUCUAAAAUGACACUAACUCGAGGAGAAAAGGAUAUCUUGAAAAUAUUUCCAUGCUGUAAGGUUAUGUGGGCAACCAUAUCAACACCCACCCUAAUGGCACAAACUGGACAAACCUGUACAAACAUAGAAAUCAUCAGUUAGUGAGCUUUAACCUUCAAGAAGCAGUCCACAUCUAGAACGCAAAACAACAAAGCCAUCAGUCUGAACUUAGGCAUCGUAGGAUGGAUCUCAUCCACUGAUGUACAGGAGCAUGAAAAAGAAGGCAUAACAUCCUACUGGGCUGCUAGUUCGUAGAAAGUCAUAUGUCCACAAGGCUACUCUCCUAUCACGAGCAGUCAAUGGCUAGGAGGUCGACAACUCUCAUGGAGCAUUGGCCAACACUAAAGCCUAUUCCAGGUGUUAACCAACAUUUAACCAGCAAAGAGUUCAUUAGCCCUGCAAUCACCAUACCCGUGCAACUCAAUUGGGAGAGGAUACAACAACGGAGACAUAGAUAGACUCAUUCGGUGUUGGCAACUAAAAGAAAUUAAAAGCAACAGUCAAAAUAAAGGAGGAAAGUUCUACAGUGCAGAAACAAAAGGACAGACUGAAAUGAAGCACUUUCGAUGUGCCAUUUUAUGUCCUCGUGAAAGGAAAAUCGACAUCAUGAAUUUUAACAUCAUGAACCAUUUAUAAGGAUCCAUAUCCAAGAAUUAGGGAAUGGAGAUAUACUGCUACCGGAUUGGGAAAGAAAGCAAUACCCCGUUCUUUGCUUCCACAGGAUGCUCAUCAUCGAUGUGACAACACAAGCCAACAAUAUCAAAGUACUCUGAACAGAAAGGGCACGGAAACUCCUCCCUCAUAUCAUCAUCAACGUCGAUUUCUUCAAAUCCCAUAAACAUAUCUGCAGGCCAAACCAAUGUUAGACAUUGCACCACAAAAACAAGAGGGAUAAACCAUGGCCGGGGUCUCCAUUUCUACAGAAAGACAAUCAAAUCAUUGACCUCCACAAAAGACCAAUGUUUUAUGAAACAAAGAAUCACAAGUAUCUCAGAAAUUUGAAUGACGAAAGCUUCAAACAUCCUACAGAGAAGUACACAGAGCCUAUCCAAACAGUCAAUGGGUGCCAAUCUAAUUUUUCCCCUGAAAAACUCCCAUCACUUAUUUUCUAUUUCACCAAACAAUCCCAAUCCCACAAAACGACCCAAAAGAUGCAGGCAUUUAACUUCACAAUUCAGAAACCUAAACACAAUCUAAUCUCCCCCAAUCCACAUUAUCCCUCAGAUUUUCCUUCCAUCAAAACAGAAACCAUCCUCAAUCGAAACAAGAAAGACACAAUUAGAAAGGGGAAAGAAUGGUGGCACGAAGGUUCACCAGAUCGCGAUUGAAGAGCUGAUUGAUAUCUCUUAGAAGCAGAAGAGAGACGAGCGCUCCACGAAUCGGCAUCCAUAGCUCUCUCUGCCUUUUUUUUUCCUUUAUCCCUUUAGCUCCCCUCUUCCUUCUCCUCCUCCUUCCACGAAAUGAUCAAGAAAAAAAGCUCUCUCCUUUACCCCUUUUCUCGUUCUUUUCCUCGAACCCACAAUUUGUAACGAUCGAUCAAAGAAGGGGCAAGGAGGCGGUGGUGUAAGGUCGGCGCCGAUUCGAUUGUACAGAAUCUGUGAUCUUGGUAGGGAGCUUCUUUGUUUCCCUCGAAGAAAAAAAAAUUCCCAAUUGAAAUCGUAGAAAUGAAAUCCAAAGGGAAGAAUUUUUUUUUAUGAUGGUAUUGAUAAGGGUAUGUUUUGAGGGGUUUGGAGGAGAGGAGAGACACAGAGAGCGAGAGAGAGGUGAUAAAAAUAUAUGAGGAAGGGAAAG